AGAGCUACCAAUUGACUACAACCUCCAUCUCCGCUUCCCUAUCCACCCAAAGAAUCAUGCGCAGUCAAAUGUGAGAGCGACAGUAUUUCUCACGCGAACUUUGAACAUUGCGACUCGUUCUGCAAACCCAAAAUGAGUUCGAAGUCAGACACGGAAACCAGCGGAUACCCAAGGGUUAUAAGCAGUCAGUUCGGGCGCAACAACGUCACCCAGAUUGAGGAGGACGUAGUCCUCAAGCAGGGAUCUUCCGUAUGGCCAAGUGAAGAGGCCGCAAUCAAGCUCAUACAAGCUCACACCGCCGAUAUUCCAGUUCCGACUGUCUACCAUGCCAUCUAUAAUCGUGAUGCCACUGGUGUCAUCAGUACUGGUAUGCUAUAUAUGGAGUACAUCCCUGGCAAGAGUCUUGAAUCGGUCUGGCCAAGACUGAGUGAGGACGAUAAAAAGCAAAUCUGCCAAGAAACGUGGGGUUUGAUAGAGAGGCUGAGGCAGAUCCCGCGACCUGAGAAGACAACGAAUAUCGGAAAUCCCGGCGAAGAGCAGGUGCAGUUGCUUUACUGUGCACCCGAUGGGACUUCGCAUAUAGUUCAUCCGCUCCUAGGGGAUUUAUAUGAUCAGCCACCUCCUCUUCUCGAUGACGAGGCCCUACGUACACGUAUAUGGGAGCGCUAUGUCGAAUAUAAUGGACUGUCAUACCCGGAUGGCCAUGAUGUGAAGGAUAUGCUGCCAAGGUCGGAGACGUCAGUAUUUACGCACGGAGACAUUCACCCUGGGAACAUCCUUGUCAAGGAGGGUGAGGAGGACAGUAAUAGGGGCCAAGUAUGGAUAGUAGGAUUGGUGGACUUCGAGUCGGCCGGCUUCUUCCCUGAGUACUGGGAAUUUGCAGAGAUGAUGAGAUUUGGCGGCCAGGGGGAUGAGGAUGAGUGGAGGUUGAUGAUGGAGCGGACAGCGCCAAGGAUUUGGGAUGUGAAGGGGAUUCAAAAAGCCAGGCGGGUUUUGUUUUGA